AAUGCCGGGCAGAGACACAGAGGCAGGAGAGAGUGGGGACUGUCUCGCUAUCCCUGUCUCUCUCACUCACUCGUCUCACGUUCUCUCUCCUCUCUCUCUGUCUCUCUUCACUCUUCCUAUCCGAGGAACGCGAAGAGCGGUGUGUUUAGAAGCGAGUGCGCACACACGCACGCACAUACACGCACAAGCACACACGGACACGCACGACGUUACACAUCCGUUAACUCGUACGGAUGGAACGCGCGCGUGUGAACACAUGAAUGUGUGUGCGCACGUACGUGCGGACACACACACGCGUGUGAACAGUGAGCGCGCGCGCACACAACGCACGCGCACAUAACGUAAACACAUGACGAAUGCACACACGUGAACGCACGCGAACACACGUGAACGCACACGGAGACACGCGCGCGCGGCAAGGGAGUGCGAUAUUAACUCCGAUACGAUCCAACACACUCAUCCCGCGGAGCGAGGAGCGAGUGACGUGGGGAGGAGGAGGUGGAGGUGGAGAGGUGGAAAGGAGGAGGAGGACCCGGUGAUAAUCCAGCCGCGAGGAGGUGGAGAGAACUCCUCUCAUCCAUCCUCUACUAGCCCUGCCCAGCCAAGCUCAUGAUACAGGAGCGAGGUUCGGAUGAGGUGGUGGACGGCCGCGUGCCGCGACGAGCCGACUGGUGAGAGGGGUCAGAGGGGUCGCGUGCGCCCACGUGAGAGGCCCUGAGGGGGAUGCCGGGCCUCCCCGCCUGCAUGGAGCCCACCGCCCUCACGCACAGCCCCGCCGGCGCCCCCCCACAGGGCCAACAGGGGGAGGCUGCCACACCGGGCGACGUCGGGCCCCCGGCUGCGAUGGGGCUGGCCGCGGACUCCGUGGAGCCCUACAGCGUGCAGACGGAGCCCGUCGACCUCUCCAUCAAUAAGUCGAGCCGGAGUUCGCCCGCGGCCUCCGCCACCGCCCGGCUCAACCACACCAAGGCCGGCCACACGUUACCGCCGCGGCCGCUGCCGCCGCCACCGCCGUCGUCGUCGUCUCCGUCGGCGUUAUCGCUGCUGACCUCGUCCUGCUCCUCCUCCUCGUCGCCGUCGUCGGUGACGUGCCAGUCGCUGGCGCUGUCGGCGCUGCCUGGCACGGCCGCGGUGCUGGCCACGCCGACGGGAGCCGGCCUGGUGCGGGUGUUCCACGCGCGGCUCGCGGUUGGAGCCCACCCCCCCGUCGCGGUGGCGGUGGGGGGGGCGACGGCUCCACCGCCGCCGCCGCCGCCGCCUCCUUCCGUCGGGGGGGGUGCCGGCGGCGGUGGCGGGCCCGGCGCUCGGCGCGUGCCGCUCGUGGUGCAGCCGGUGCCCGUGGUGUACACCGCGGCCGUGCGCAGCCACCCCGGCGUGUCCAUCGCCGUGCCCGUCAUCGAGGAGCACGCCGCACCACGGCAAGAAGAGGGUGCGGGAGCCGAGGCUGGGAUCCGCGCCAUCAAAAGCGAGAGUGGCAGUGAAGACGAGAUGACGUCCCUGGUGGCAGACGAGGCGCGCUCCUCUCUCUCGCAAGACGCCCAGGGCAUCAAGAGGUCGGGGAGCCCCGAGUCGCCCGACUCGAAGAGGAGGAGGAUUCACCGCUGCGAGUUCGACGGCUGCGACAAAGUGUACACCAAGAGCUCGCACCUCAAGGCUCACAUGCGCACGCACACAGGCGAGAAGCCCUACCGCUGCACGUGGGACGGCUGCACGUGGAAGUUCGCGCGCUCGGACGAGCUGACGCGGCACUUCCGCAAGCACACGGGCGUGAAGCCCUUCAAGUGCGUGGACUGCGAGCGCUCCUUCUCGCGCUCCGACCACCUCGCGCUGCACCGCAAACGCCACAUGUUGGUGUGAGGGCCCCGGGGGGGGGGGGGAGGGGGUGCGUGGCCUCCCCCCCCUGUGUGUGGCGAGGCCCUGCGGGUGAGGCCCUGUGGGAGUUUUAUGGGGCCUGCGUGAAGUAGCAAGGGUCAAGGUUGAGACCUGGCUUUGACGCACUCGGUUUCAUCCCAGAGUUUGAGGCCUGGGGUUGAGGCGUGGGAUUUAAGCCCCGAGGUUUGAGGCGUGGGUUUUGAGGCCCUGGCGUGAGGCGUCGGAGGAGUCGUGGUGGCAAAGCAACAGGAGGAGGAGGCGGAGGGUUGGUGGAUGUUGGAUGGACGUUUACACCGGUGCAGGUUGUGCGCGUCUGGUUUGUGUCCGCGCGCACUCACAUGCUUGCACAAGUCCUGCCGCUUUCAACGCACUCACACGUGUACACGAGCUUGCACUCAUAAGCGCCCACCUACACGCGCACCGGCUCACACAUGCAGACGCAUGCACGCAAGCGCACACACAGUGACUUACGCGUGUGCACGUGCGUGCACGACUUCAUGGUGACCAACACACCAAACGCAACAGAUACACUCACACACUCGAUGCUCUCGCCACGUCUCGCGCACGCAAAAUUGCACGAUGAACACACCACAUCAAACAGACAUUGGUACCAUUGGAGGGUGGAUACAUUUUGGUGGUACCAAUUUCUCCAUGUGGCCAAUAAAUGUGAAUUUACACACGAUAGCAUUUUCCUACUGUUUUCACAUGAACAUAUCAUCUGUGUUAUUAGGGGCGUAACGAUGAAAUCGAUCGAUACGGACUAUUAUCGACUCUAAAACUCAAGGUACAGGCAUCAAAAUCUCGCCGGUUCGAAUUCAUAUAUUCCGUUUUCAAUAAUGUGACCCCCCCUCCGGCCACUAGAGCCUGCUACAUUCACCGCACGUGAAAGCAAAUGAUCAAAUCGCACCCCAAACGGUGAUGGACUUUUCAAGAGAUUGUGUUUUGCCAACCACAAGUAUCAAGCCUACCGAGAAGUGAGAUGAUACCUGGAGUCGUGUAUAAAUGAGUACAGAACGACAUGCAGUGGCGUAGGUUUGAUUUAAGAUAAGAUUUAUGAUAAGAUGUGUCGUAAUUCUGCGUGAAGUUGAUAUCGUGGCCUGCUGGACGUUUUACAGUUCGUGAGAGAAUUUUCUGUGCUUUGGUCCCGGGUUAUUUACGCCCGGGCUAACAGCAGCAGUGGCAAUAGCACAACAAUUUACAACAACAACAACAACCACCACUGUUCACCACUAAGUUGCGGUGACGUCACCGCCCCCCCCCCCGUACCAGGCUCGGUGCACUUUGACGUCGUGUGAAAGUGUGGAAGGUUUUGCACGUUGAACGCACGCACACAAUGGUAACAACAGCCGCAGUUCACCGUUCAGUGGCGGUGACCCUCUCCACUGGUUCUCGUGCCAGGCUAGGUGCACGUUAACAGUGGUGGAAGGCUCGCUGGUGGGCCGUCAUCUAUCAGACCCCAGGUGUUAUGGGUUAACUCGGUGAGGUGACUGGCAUCACCACCUGUUGCGAGCCCACUUGCACACACACACACACUCUAGCGACUGCUUAUUCAAUGAACAAUUAAAAUAAAAUAAACUACCUAAACUUAUUUAUAUAAAAUUCUAUAUAUAUAGUGACACAGAGAGUUAGCAGAGGCUAUCCCGGUUCUAGUAAUAACACACGGUGUGUAUUUUUUUUUCUCUUUCUGAACGAUGCAGUGAAAAGCGACGUGGAUAUUGAUCAGGUUUGGGAACGUGAUUUUUUGUUGUUGUAAAUCUAAAUGUGACACAACAACAACAACAAAAUCCAUCACUGCUUCGACGCCGGCGAAGCCCCAAGGCCUUCGCUUGCGUGACCGGGUGAAUUAUUUAAAACGAAACAUAAAAUUCUCGGCUCGGAAUUCUAAUUUUUAGACGGGAGCCGUAAUAUUCGAUCUUGGGACAGGAAUCUCUCUUUUGUCGUCGUAAUUGUUUCCCUCUUCCCUGAAAAGCACUAACUGCGUUUUAUACCAAGUGCCAUGCUGCUGAACUGCGUCAGGCGGACGGGAUAUUUACGAUGGCGAUGACAACGACGACGACGACGAUGAUGAUGAUCAGGGUCUAAUUUCUCCCGGGAUAUUUUGAGAGGAUUUACCGGACAUAGCAGUUGCGCCCGGGG